GUACAGUCGUCGUCAGACCAGCCAAAACAAAGAACUGCGUAAAACCAAUUUGUGUCAGUGAAAAACGGAUAUUUCGGGUGAAAAUUGUGCUCUAAAGUGUUGAAAGUAGUCUCAAACGGAAGCUUAAGCCAACGGCCACCAUGCUCGACCUGGAGGUGGUUCCGGAACGUUCGCUCGGAUGCGAUAAUUGGGAGUUUAUUCUCGGCAUGCACUUUUCCCAAGCUGUGGCAAUCAUUCAGUCGCAGGUGGGAAUCAUCAAGGGCGUGCAAGUGUUGUACUCUGAUACGACUCCUCUGAACGUCGACAUUAUCAUCAACCUGCCCCAGGAUGGUAUACGCCUAAUCUUCGAUCCGGUUCAGCAACGGCUGAAAGCGAUCGAAGUAUUCAACAUGAAGCUGGUCAAGCUGAAGUACUACGGUCUUCCGUUCAACUCGCCCGAAGUCGUUCCCUCGAUCGAGGAGAUCGAACACUCCUUUGGCGCCACGCACCCGGGAGUGUACGACGCUUCCAAGCAGUUGUUUGCGCUGCACUUUCGCGGCUUGAGCUUCUACUUCCCGGUAGAUAGUAAACUGCAACCCGGUUACGCUCACGGAUUGGGUUCGUUGCACUUUCCUAGUGGCGCUUCACCGAUCGUUUCGAAGAUGGCUCUCUAUUGCGGUGGAAGUGUCGCGGAGAGCCGUCCUCCCCCGUUGCCGUUGUCUUGUUACAAUCAACAGCUGUAUCUGGAGUCGGCAUCGGUACUGAGAAACUCAUCUGGCACUCGGGGUAUCCGUUUGCAGCUGUAUACGGAGGGCUCUCCACGUGCGUUGGAACCAAGAAAGCAAUGCUUGACACGGGAAGUCAUUUUUGGUGAUAGCUGUCAGGAUGUUGCUAGUAAUCUCGGCGCACCUUCCAGAGUGUUCUUCAAAAGUGAAGAUAAGAUGAAAAUACAUUCACCAAGCGCUCACCGUCGUGUGCAGUCGAAACGAAGCGAUUUCUUCUUCAAUUAUUUCACGCUCGGGAUCGAUGUCCUUUUCGACGCCAGAACGCAGCGUGCGAAGAAGAUAAUAUUGCACACCAACUAUCCGGGGCAUUACAAUUUCAAUAUGUACCACCGGUGUGAGUUUAAUCUUCAGUUGGCACCUGACAAGGUCACUGAAGACACCCCGCUGGAUUCGCCGGUAAAUAUUUCGGCCUACUCCAAGUGGGACACCAUCUCAUCUCGGUUGGCUCCGGCCGAGCGUCCCGUUGUGCUGCAUCGGGCUGGCUCGACCAACACGGCAAACGUUUUUGGAUCGACCUUCUGCUACGGCUAUCAGGACAUCAUCUUCGAGGUAAUGCCUAACAACUACAUCGCUUCGGUUACGCUGUACCAUCCGUCGCCGUAUUCCAACGAGUAUGCCUUCGGAAGCGGCAGUAGUGCCAGCAGCGUUAGCAACAGUACGCGCAAUUUGCUGCAGGACGGCAACAAAAGUAAUAUCCGCGUUAGCGCAUGACCGGCCAUCAGCUUCAAUGAACUGAUUCUCGAUGGACGGUAUCUAAGCUGUGUUAACUAGUUCGGAACUGGCAUUCUUUCUAAAACGUGCAUGAACAUAUUAUUCUUAGAGGGAUUAUGCGGGAAGGUAUUCACUACUCCUUCCUCAUCUGGUAAGUCCGUUUUUUUUCUAUUUUAUCUCUAAGUUAGACCGUCAAGAUCGAUUAUGGUAAGACACAGUAGUAGAAUGUUUCAAAUUGGAAAAUGUUUCAUACAUAUAGCAUGUGUAGUACUAUUUUUUCAAUUGAAACAAAAACCAUCGUAACUUAUUCAUAGUUCUCAAACAACAAAAUGCGAAAAAAAAGUUAAAAACAAGUAUUUAAUUUAUUGCCAUAUAUGGCAGUAG